UUUAUUUAAUUGUGUUUUCUUUUCAUUACUUCUUGUGUUUUAUUUAUUAUAUGAAGAAAUUUCUUGAAGUUACCCUUCUAUCCUAUCAAAGUGGCUUCUUCUUCUUCAUACGUGACUACUUCAAUAGGCUAAAGGCUCUGACGCGGAUUUGGGUCAAGGUUCUUUUUGUUGAAGACCCGACUGUUGGGGAGUUUGUGCGCCAGUUGGGACAGCCUGAGAACAUGAUCCACAUCAUCGGGCAUAGCCUGGGGGCUCAUGCCGCGGGGUUUGCCGGGAAGGCUUCAAACUCGGCAGGAUUCAAAAUCGCACGAAUCUCCGGUUUAGACCCAGCAGGCCCGGGGUUCAGACGCGCUCGUGCCGCAGACAGGCUGGACAGAGGUGACGCCCUGUUUGUUGACGUCAUCCACACGGACAUUCUGGUGUUGGGGAAGCUAAAGCCAAUCGGACACGUCGAUUUCUACCCAAACGAAGGAUGGCUUCAACCCGGAUGUAAACUAAGACCAGGCUGCAGCCACGGUCGGGCUCCUGAGUUCUAUACCGAAUCUAUCAGCUCGGGGUGUCAGUUCCCGGCCUACAGCUGUCCCGACUGGGACACUUUCUUCAGGAACCGUGGGCAAUGUGAUGUCUGCAGCCAUAGCAGUCUAACAGACGGUGCCUGUUCGUUGAUGGGGUAUCCUUCCAUCAACUACCCAAACUCACAAGGCAAGAUGUAUCUUAGGACAAGUAUGGACUCCAGCCCACACUGCAGGAUCCGUGGAAGACGUGAUACUGUGAGUAAUGAGACUAGUACCGAUCAGUGUGUACAGUCCCUGGACUCAGACAUGCGGCAGGAAAUACGGGACUAUCUGGACUCUGCCACCGACCUGCAAGAGAUGGACAUGGAUGAAGAUUUCUGCAGUAUGUACAACGAUUUGGAGACUGUUGUGGCCAACAUCACAGCAUCAAAUCCCAACUGUGGACCCGAGGAUAUCCCUGUUAUCCUGGAGUACAUAGGAGACGGCAAGUAUGACACGGUGAUGGCAUGGGCGGAGGACAAAUGUCUCAUGAGCACCAGUGAUGGUUACGUCACUCUCCCGUCUGCAACCCUGAUCAUCGUGCUGCAGUUCAUAGCGAUGUCGCUGUGUGGGGCGGUGUGUAUGGGGUUCCCAUAGCCGGUAUAGUCCUGCAAAUAUAAUGAUGAGUUUAUUGCAAGUUAUUUCUCAUGGGCUAACUGUAGGUAACGUGAAUAGAGUGCAUAGAUAGCCUAAAACAAUACAACGUAUGUCUAUUUUAGCUAAAACAAAUACCUAUAACAUAUAGCUUAAAAGGGUAUAACAUGUAUAUUCUAGUCUAGGAGCUGUGGAUUUUACCCUAUUUGAUUCCUCCUUUUUCUGAGAAGAUCCAAAUUUUUUAUGUGUUUUAUGUAAUGUUAAUAAGAGAGUAGUUUUCUUUUGUCCACAGACGUAUAGAAAUUAAUACCGGAACUUUGUGAACUUUUUUCGUGAUAGUAGAAAUAAAUGAUACUUUGAA